AUGCGUUCACUAGCAGGACCUCAUUCGUGUUUAACUUGCAGGGUUCUUUCAUCUUCUUCAUCGUCCAAUCGAUUCACACCCUUUCUGACAAAAUGUUGUAAUCGUUGGAUUUGUAAUAAAUGUCUACAAAAUAAUCCACGAUUCUUCAAUUACUGUCCCUUCUGUCAUCGAGUUGCUGAUAUUUCAUCGUCUUCUUCUAGUGAUACUAUCAAUAAAAUUAAUGUUGAAUCAUUGAACGAAGGAGAAUUGAGCGCAGCCUACAAGAAUGACGACGAUUUUAUGAAAAAUGUAGAGCCUCCGUCAUAUCGGGAGAUAUUUUCAGAUGAUAACAAUCAGACAAUUUUACCUACCUAUGAUGAUGUUUUGCGUGGAUUAAAUUCCGCAGAACAACAGCAUCCACAGCAAGACGAAAAGAAGCAAGGAUUAAGAGAUGAUGAGAAAAGUGAAUAUGGUGUGAUACAUUAUGUAAGAAAAGAAGAUACAUUGCCCGGAUUGGCGUUCAAAUAUGGAGUUGAUAUUGCGGAUAUUCGAAAAGCAAAUCGAUUAUUUGAUAAUAACGUUUUCGCGCGCGCAAGCUUGAUUAUCCCGAAUUAUUUCGGGCCAUCACUAUCUGAGAAACAAUCGAAAGGGGAUGAACUUAAAUCCCUGAUCAAACGAUUUCAACUUCGUUCAAAAUGCGUUGAUCCGGCAGAAGCAAAGUACUACAUGGAGCAAUCAAACUACGAUAUAGAUUCUGCGACGCAGGCAUAUCGUGACGAUGUACUAUGGGAGAUGCAGCAUUCAAGACAAGAAAAUCGAAAUUUUUGUAGCAAGAGUAAAAAAAUCGAGUAA